GUAAAAUGGCUGCCAUCAGGUGUACAGUUUAUUUGUAACAUUGUAAGCGUUAUCAAAUGAUCAAAAACUUUUAAUUUUUGCUGAAUAAUAGUGUAUAGAUUCCUAAGAGAGAUCCUGGAUAUACAGAUAUUAAGUAGGUAUUUUUAUAUCGUAGUUUUUUAAAUGUAAUCGAAUGGCAUUGUGACGAGAGCGAAGCGCGGAAGUACAAAAAGAAUAGGUAUAGUGGGAGCUGUCAAAGGAUUCUUAUGUCAAUUUAUUUACAAGCAUAAGUUUUAAUGAAUGUCUGAGAGUGAUAUUUACGACUCGGCGGACGAAUACACAAGCCUAAUGGACGGUCACGUUGCGGAAUCUCGCAUGGACGACCUGGGCUUGGUCACUGGUCGUAAAAGGCGUUCGCGGAUUAGUAACGAAGAGGUUGAAAAUGGGGUUCCGGAAGUACAUGUUCAAACAGCAGGUAUAUCCAACAGUGCCAGUUCAGCUAGGAGAGGUGCACCAAGUAAUAAUGGACAAGGUAGAUCAAGAAAUUAUAGAGACGAAGAAGAAGAGGAAUUAAAAUAUGGAGCAGCACAUGUUAUCAAAUUAUUUGUGCCUGUAUCUCUUUGUAUGUUAGUCGUAGUUGCUACCAUUAGUUCUAUAAAUUUCUACACAACCAAAGGAAUGUACUUGGUUUACACUCCUUUUCAUGAAGACAGUGCUGACACGAGUACCAAAGCUUGGCAGGCAAUUGCUAAUUCUUUAAUACUCAUGAGUGUCAUUGUAUGUAUGACUGUGAUACUUAUCGUCUUAUAUAAAUACAAAUUUUAUAGAGCAAUCCAUGGGUGGUUGAUAAUAAGUUCCUUAUUGUUAUUGUCUCUCUUUUCUAUUCUUUUCUGCGAGCAAGUAUUAAAAGCAUACAACAUUCCAAUGGAUCUGAUCACAUUAGGCAUAGUUUCAUGGAAUUUUGGAGCAGUUGGAAUGAUAUGUAUACAUUGGCAAGGUCCUUUGCAAUUACAACAAGCAUAUCUUAUUUUCAUCUCAGCUCUAAUGGCACUUGUUUUUAUCAAACAUUUACCAGAGUGGACAGCUUGGGUUGUACUAGGUGUUAUCAGCAUUUGGGAUUUAAUUGCCGUAUUAACGCCGAAGGGUCCCUUAAGGGUGCUUGUGGAGACAGCACAAGAAAGGAACGAAUCUAUUUUCCCUGCAUUGAUUUAUUCGUCUACGGUUAUGUAUACAACCACCAUGACUUAUGCCGGAUACGUACAAGCAGCAACAAUGACUAGUAGUGAUUCCGCGGCUGAUGACAACGCGGCAUAUCCUAUACGCGGUCAGACUGACAAUCAAAAUAAUGCUGCAUCUGGAGAUGCAGAAGAAGGUGGUUUUACUCCCGAAUGGAUAGAAACACACGGUGAUCGAAGUGCAAGGAGAGCCCAGGAAGUACGGGAAAACUCUGCAUCGUUAACUGAAAGUGCAAGGCAACAAGAUAAUAGAACUGUACGCGAUGCACAAGGACAACAAGUCGCCGUUACCGAGGAAGAACGAGGAGUGAAGUUAGGUCUGGGUGACUUUAUCUUCUACAGCGUUUUAGUUGGAAAAGCUUCCAGCUAUGGUGACUGGAAUACAACAUUGGCAUGUUUUGUUGCCAUUUUAAUUGGGCUUUGUUUAACUUUAUUAUUGUUGGCUAUAUUCAAAAAAGCAUUGCCAGCCUUACCAAUCUCUAUUACCUUCGGUUUAACGUUUUAUUUUGCUACCAGAGUAAUCGUUGCGCCGUUUGCCGAUAAUUUAGCAAGCGAACAAGUGUUCAUUUAACUGUAGGUAUGAUCAACAUUAUCAUUAUUCAUCAUAAUUUAUUACAAAAGAAAUAGUGCCUAUUUACUCUUAUGAUCAUCUAGCUUUCGUAUUUCAUUUAAAUUUUAUUGAUCGUAUUCGUGAUUCUCGAACUUGUAUCUCGGAUGUAUUAAUCAUCCUGUGACAUGGUACAAAUCAACUUGAAAUAUGCGUUACGUCAGUGAUAGAUCAAGUGCCCGUCAAAGAGCGCGCGGGCAUUUGCUAUCACUGCAUUAUAUGAACUGGAUGAUCCAGUAUUUUUUAACGAUAAGUAUUCAUUGUUGAAUUAUUACAUCGGAUAGGAAUCUAAUGUCAUGAAAAUGCUCAAGAAUACAAAUUUACAUUUGUAAGCUGAAUAAGAGAAAUAAUAAAUUGCAAUUGUAUUUGUCUGAUAUUCACUGGA